AUGGCACCAGCAAACAAGCACGUCGUGUUCGAUGUUGUUGGAACACUGAUCUCCUACGAGGCCUUUUUCGAAGCUAUCGAGGCUCGGCUUGGUGAUCGCCUGAGAGCCAAACAUGUGGGGCCCCGCCUGUUUGGAUACGCAUGGAUGGAAGCGGGCGAGAAGGAAUACACCUACAUGACAAUCUCCGGAGCAAAGUACGCGAAGUUCUUUGACAUCUUCCGGUCCAUCUUCUACAGAACUCUUUGGCAGGCGGGUAUACAGGAGCCGCGUAAAUUCGCGACGGACGAGGACCGCGAGUUCUUGCUGGCUUCGUACCGAGCACUCAGGACCCGAGAAGGCUUAAAUCAAUGCUUCUCAAAGCUCCGGAAGGCAGGAUUUACCGUCUGGUGUCUAACAGCCGGUGACACCGAGCGCGUGGGCGGAUAUCUUGCCAAGGGCGGAGAGGAUUUCCCCUCCGAAAACUUCGUCUCUUGCGAUACCAUUGGCGUGGGCAAGCCAGCGCCGGAGACCUACGAGUACAUUCUCGACAAGUUACCCAAGGAAGAACGUGAGGUCUGGUUCGGCGCCGCACAUAUCUGGGAUACAGCCGGUGCGCGGCAAUGUGGUUUCAAGGGUGCGUGGGUAUCUGUGUGGGAGAAGGAGUCUUGCUCCGAUUUAUAUGGAGAAAUGGAGGUAGUCGCAGACGACCUUCCUGGGCUAGCAGAGGGCAUUAUUAAUUACUAUUCCAAGUAG